CUGGAUACUGCAUGAAGCUUAAGGAUGUUUAACAGACUAGAAGAUGCAGGAGGAGUGUGUGUCUUUGCAGGUGUGUGUCGGUGUGGUUGGAGCGCUGGAGUGUGUAGUCCGCCGUUGUUUCGGUCCAGACGGUGGAAGUGUGCUGUUCACUCGAGACACCGGAGAAACUCUCAUCACCAGACAUGGACAACGCCUUCUUAGCACACUACACCUGCAACACCCCAUGGCCAGGAUGGUGUUGGACUGUGUGUGUGCACAUGCUAAAGCUACUGGAGACGGCACAAAAUCAUUCAUUCUCCUGCUGGCCACGCUGUUACGAGGAAUCCAAGACUCACACAUGUACCGCAAAGGAUCUUGGAGCGUCCCUGGGCUUCGAAAUCUUGCUAAUCGCCUGAUGGCUGUGAGCAGGAAGGAAUUGGAAGAUGUCAUAACACACAAAAUUACCCCAUAUGCCUCAUUGUACUGUAGUCGCCAUAGUUACAAACUGGAGGGCAGCGUUCUUGAUUUGUUGAUCGGCGGGUAUAUUUCUGGAAGAGUGGGGAUUGGCCAGGCGGAUGUACUGACACGAGUCUUGUGUGAGUUUUUCCACAAAGUCAAUCAACAUCAAGACGCAGUAGAAACAAUUUCAUUCAUACAUUCGAACUUCUCUUUUAUGUAUACGCCCGUGACAGGACUUCCUAUUGGCUGUUCAGAGGUGAUUGAAGGGCUGGUUGUGACUCGUGAUUGGUCAGUGUGGACUGAACUGCAAGGACCAAUAAAUGCACUCAUUUUAUAUGAGAGUUUUGGAGCUGUAGGUGAAAACAUAUCCGUAUGCAUUCAAAAGGACCAUCUGCAUCGCACAGAGAGCGUCAUGAAGCAAAAGUUAGCGAGUUUAUUAGACUUACAAGUGCGUGUCAUUCUGUCUUCCGUGAAGCAGCCGGAAAUUGUGUUGCAAUGGGCUCGACUGAAUCACGUUUCUCUACUUGAGUGUGUUGAUUCGCCCCAGCUGGAGUUUCUUUCAAACAUCAGCGCUGCAGAAACAUUAUCUCAUCCACCGCUUCAACACCUUGUGAUGCUGAAGUACUGCAGACGUGUGCAAUUAGGCGGGCAUUGCUAUGCCUCUCUAGGAACAUUUACGCACAUGCACACACUUGUUCUUUGUGCACCUGCGCCGGGAUUGCUUGACCAGACUGUGUGUGUGAGCCAAGGUAUGUUUGCAAUGCUCCAACAUCUGUCUGAAAGCUACUGUCAGACACUGGCGAACACAUGUUCGGACCAAUCAAAAAGCGUGAUUUCAUCACAAGACCUGUGGGGUGAAAUUAUGCACACAGGCGGAGUGAUUCCCGUUGGCGGCACGUUUGAGUUCUUGCUACAUUACUAUUUGUUGAACAAACGCAACUCUUGUGAUCCAGAGAGCUGUAGGCUCCUUGCGGAGGCUUUAUUGUGUUUGCCUAGAACUUUGUAUGCUCACAAUCACAGACGGUUUCUGGAUAUCCAGAUAUGUUUCUUGGAUGAUCUGAAACAGUGGGACAAGACCAAAGAGCAAGAGUCACAAAUGCCUGAGUUGAGAUUUGGGUUCGGGUUUAGUGAGAGUUCUGCACUGGGUCUGGAGUCGGUCAGUGGAAAGAAGCAGCUGGUUGUUUCUGUGGUGCAGUGUUUGCACAGACUCUUAUGCGUAGGGGCUGUUUUACACACAUGCUCUCCAUUACGCACUGGCCCUCAAACACGCGAUGAGGAGGAUGAGGAAGAGGAGGAAGAAAAGCUGGAGGGUUCAAACCUCACUCAGUCAACAGAUGCAUAAGUAUGUAAUAAUAAGUCAUCCGCUACAUGCUUCUUAUACACUACACGCUGACCUCUGACUUAUGUUUACAGUGGCCCUAGAAAGUAUUUAAAGGGAUAGUUCAUCCAAAACUGAAAAUUCUGUCAUUAAUUACCCUCAUGUCGUUCCAAACCUGUAAGAGUUUGAUUAU